GCGGCUGCGCAUUAUAACUAGAUUUUAAAACUAUGCGUCUUACAUGGUCGUAAAGGUUAGAUGAAACGUUUCGUUAUUUAUUCCAUAUAUAACAGUACAUUACAUAUCAAAAAGUAAAAGUCGCAAUAAAAUUCAUUAGGCAAAAUGUUACUUCAAACAUGGAAAUCGGCAGAUAAUAUUGUGAGGAAAGAUAUAAUAAAGCCUGGCACUUUCUGUAAAAAACCGACUGAAUGCACUACUUGUGAAGUUAUUAUUGAAAACAUAAAUGUCACCAACGCAUCUGUACACGAUUUGAAAAGCAAAUUUAACUCGGAAAUUUUAAACAACAGAAGUAAAAAUACUUUAACUAUAGGUGAAGCUAAUUGCGAAAUAGAUCGUCAAAUUGAACGAGCAAUACAAAUGAUGAUGGUUUCAGAGAAGAGUUUAGUUAUAGUAGACGUGUUGUUAGAAGGCAUUGAUAAUAGUUUAGUUAUCAAGUUUGAGAUAACAUUAAAUGAAAUACAACCAUACAAACCAAUUUGGGAAUGGACACCAGAAGAGAAAUAUUCAAUAGCCUUGAAAUAUAAAGAGGCAGGUGUAGGUUUAUUUAAGGAAGGCAGAUAUGUAGAUGCAUUUUAUAGAUUUAGCAAAGCCUGCAAAAUUCUGAUAACGUUAGAGCCAAUACAAGAUUUAGAAUUAGAUAAGACAUUAGAAAAUAAUAUUUACAACUUGAGACUUGUACUAUACAACAAUAUGGCUGGGUGUCAAUUAAAUCGCAAAAAUUAUGAACAUACAAUAUCUUUAUGUAAUAAAAUUUUGAACAAAGAAUCUAGCAAUGUCAAGGCAUUAUAUAGAAGAGGAGUGGCACAUGGAUAUUUGAAAGAUGUGGAGAAAGCUGUUGCAGAUCUAAAAAAUGCUGCUAAUUUAGAACCACAUAAUCAAGCAAUAAAAGAACAACUUUCAAUAUAUAGUGUGAAACUACAAGAAGCAAAUCAGAAAUUUGAGAAUAUGCUAAAAAGGAUGUUCAAAACUUGAAAAGUGGUGUUGACAAUAUAAGGAAAAAAUGAAUGAAAAUUUCUUAUUUUGUAAAUAAAAAAAUAAGUAUUUAUUUUUAUCUACAAUAAUUUACAUAUUAC